UUCUCCUUGGGCUAUUUGUCGUCUGUAUUAUUAAAUAUGGCGACUUCAUCAAUGGAGAUGUUGUUGCAGCGAGUUUGCCAGAUUUCCCUAUCACAGGCCAAAAGGGUGCAUGUCAGCGCCGUGGCCUCGGCUACCCCAGCUGCUGCCGAGAAGCCUAAGCGUACAAAGACAUUUGCCAUCUACCGAUGGAAUCCGGACAACCCUGAUUCAAAGCCCUCUAUGCAGGAAUACACUGUUGAUUUGAAUACAUGCGGCCCAAUGGUAUUGGACGCUUUGAUCAAGAUAAAGAAUGAGGUAGACCCAACCCUCACUUUCCGCAGAUCUUGUCGUGAAGGAAUCUGCGGCUCUUGCGCAAUGAACAUCGGUGGAGUCAACACACUGGCUUGUAUCAGUAAGAUUGACGAGUCGAGCAGCAAGCCAGCCAAGAUCUACCCUCUACCGCACAUGUACGUGAUCAAGGACUUGGUUCCAGACAUGAACAACUUCUACCAGCAAUACCGCAGCAUUCAACCGUGGCUGCAGCGCAAGAACGAGGCUAAGAGCGGCAGUCAGCAGUACCUGCAGAGUGUGGACGACCGCAAGAAACUGGACGGUCUUUACGAGUGUAUUCUGUGCGCCUGCUGCUCCACAUCCUGUCCCUCUUACUGGUGGAACGGAGAUAAAUACCUUGGCCCCGCAGUGCUGAUGCAAGCCUACCGGUGGAUAAUCGACUCCCGUGAUGAGGCGACAGAGCAGCGACUCGGCAAACUGAAGGACCCCUUCAGCGUCUACCGAUGCCACACCAUCAUGAACUGCACCCGAACUUGUCCCAAGGGACUGAACCCUGGCAAAGCUAUCGCUGAGAUCAAGAAGCUUCUGUCUGGAAUCGCCAAGAAAGACGAACCUGGCCUCAACACCUCAGCUCUACAGCAGUAGAUAUUACAUAAUAUAGUAAAAUUAGAUCUACACCUGCCAGUAUUAUAGCUGUCAUUUUGCCUCCCUGGAAUGACUCGGCACGGUAUAACAAAUCAAAGUACAAUUCAUGUUUUUGCCAUAAUUUGAUGUUCAAAAAUUGGAUUUUUAAGUGAUUUUAUUGUUUGGUGCUACAACAAUCUUUCAAUCCAACAUUUUAUUCAAGAUCUGUCAGCAUUUGGCAUCGGUCGGAUUGACAAGAGUCAGUAUUUUCUUUUUGUCUUGUCGCUCCUGAACACACGGCAUUUUCACCCUUUUAGACUUAUUAAUUUAUUUUCUUUGUAAAGGUUGCUGUUUGUUAUAAUAAAUUAUUUUUGGUGA